GACCUGCCACCCCCACCAGUUGUUCUCAACUCUCGAGUCCGAAGUCACUUGUUCAACCAUUCCCUUCCUGUCUUCGCUUUUCAGUCAUCGUCUUUUCAUUUCUGGAGUUUGGAGAAAUCGCGGCAGGCAACUGGAUAUUGAGAUACCCAUACGAAUCGCUGCCUGCUAGCCCGUUGUACGGCCUGAGACCUCCGACGUGAAAUAUAUCCAGGGUCUUUCAAGUGACUUCAGUCUUCAGUCGCCAGCCCACAAUGGACGACUCUCAAACAGCUGAGGAGAUUGCCCUCGAGACACCGGUUUCUGACGUCUUUAUUCCCCCGUCUAUAAACGAGAAGGCCAUCCUCUCAGGCGCCUCCUACACAUACUUCUCCCCGGUUCCUCCGGCACUCCUUCCGCCACCCUCUUCACCAACAACCUCACAAACAGCGGUAUCCGGAACCCCGGUCUGCCUCGGCGUCGAUGAGGCCGGCCGCGGGCCCGUUCUGGGGCCGAUGGUCUACGGCGUCUUCUACCUCCCCAUUCCCCUCUCCGACCCCCUGCUCCGCGAAACCCACCAUUUCGACGACUCCAAGGUGCUCACGCCAGCGGUCCGGUCCCAGCUGAUGACCGCCCUCUGCACCGCCGGCUCGGACCUGGCCGAGUCUUGCGGGUUCGCCAUCUCAGCGCUGAGCGCCCGCGACAUCUCGUCCGGCAUGAUGCGCCCCGGCGCCAACUACAACCUCAACGCCCAGGCCAUGGACGCCACCGUGGAACUGAUCAAGGGCGUCUUCGCCCAGGGCGUCAACGUUCAGGAGAUCUACGUCGACACCGUCGGCCAACCGGCCGCAUAUCAGGCCAAGCUCCAACGCUUCUUUCCGGCCACCAAGAUCACCGUCGAGAAGAAGGCAGACAGCCUGUACCCCUGUGUGUCCGCCGCGUCCGUCUGCGCCAAGGUCUCUCGCGAUGCCGCGCUGGAGGUACUCUACAAGGCACGAGCCCCCGAGUCGGCAGAGGAGGGCAUGGCUUGGGGCUCGGGUUACCCGUCGGACGGGAGGUGUGUGUCGUGGAUGAGGUCCAACAUGCACCCCGUCUUUGGAUGGGGCCCCGAGUGUCGCUUCAGCUGGGGCACCGCCAAGGACAUGCUGGAGGGGAAGGGCGCCCUCAAGGUGGACUGGCCCGUCGAGGACGACGGCGACACGGCGCGCAUGACAGACUUUUUCACAUCCGGGGAUCGCGAACAAGACGGCGAUGAGCUGGGGACAUGGUUCGGGCGGCCGGCUGACCUGGAGGCGUUCUAAUGUGGAGGUGUGAGGGGCGGUUGUCCGUUGGUCAGUGAUUUGAGGCUGUAUAAAAGUAUCAUAUUCCUAUUAAGAGGCCGUCCCCGCCCAUGGAUGCCUCAACAGAUCGUCUCAUGGCGCAGAAGCAGGUUCUCGUCGUUUCCCCAAUCGUCGUCAGUCGACUGAGUGCCGUGUCUAUCUACUCGUACCGAGAACGCGGGAUCCUGCAAGGCGAGGUCGUUUUGGUUCAAGCGUCGUGCAGAUCCAGUCUCCAUGGCAACCCACUGCGCGAGAUUUCCAUGCGCAGCAAGUUAAUGACCUGGAAGCACCUCAGAUCGACGCGUCCCUCUCAUGGUGGGGAGAACGCUUGUACAAGGACACAAACUUGACAGCAGCAUCCUCGGCGCACCCAGCACAGCAGUCGAACUGGGCUAACCACGCAAAAUACUCCUCAGAGCGGCGCCGUUCCAGCUUGAGGCGUCGCUACAAAAACCAUUAGUUCAUUAGUUCAUAUAGGUAAAGAGAGCCGUUAUUAUCUCAGCAACAACAUAAAAGAGAAAGACAGUAUGACAGGUGCCUAGAGACUCUUCGUCC